AUUUCUCCAUUCAUAUUCAAUUCUCAAUAUUUUACAAUGUACUCAUCGCUAAGCAGGGUCGAAUUUUUAUACAACUUAACUAGGCUUAAGUUGCCUGCAGUGCGAUCCAUGGAGAAUCGUGAUGAUUUCCUGUCAAUUUUGCCGUUUUUGCCUUUAAUCCGUCGAUCAACCGCUGUCUUCUGGCCGCCAACGGUGGUGGAAGCUCUCAAAUCCCUAUCCAAGGGACCGAGUCAUAGUAAUGUCAACUCCGGCCAUCUCUUUUCCAUUGCUGUUUCUGACCUCCGCAGUUCACUCGGGGAGUAUACUCUCUCCCCGUCCGCCUCUCUCGGCUUUUCUGUCUUCUUCGACGAUUUGAUGAGUAAGGAUGAGGCUGGGAAGUGGUUUAAGGAAGUGCUUCCGCGACUUGCUGAUUUGCUAUUAAGGUUGCCAGAGUUGUUGGAGACCCACUAUGACAAUGCAGCUGGCUUCUGUGGAAUGGAAACAGGUCUUAGAUUGUUGGGAUCACAACAACCAGGCAUUGUACUGCUUAGUCAGGAAUUGAUUGCUGCUCUUCUGGUCUGUGCUCUUUUUUGCUUGUUUCCAACCACUAAUAGAGGCGCCGAACGUCUUCCACCCAUCAACUUUGAUUCUUUAUUUGUGUGUCUAUAUGAGUUCUACGAUUUGAACCAGGAGCAUAAAAUAAAGUGUCUUGUUCACUAUUUUGAGAAGAUAUGCAUGGAUAUGCCUUCUGGUAAUGUAUCUUUUGAGCGAAAAGUUCUCCCUCUGAAGAACAGCCAAUCUCACAUUGCUUACCCAGAGCCUGUUUUCUGGAGCAAGUCAACUGUUUCUCUCUGCCAAUUCAAGGUACUCAGUUCUGGUUUAAUUGAAGAUCAAUCAGUUGAAGCUCUUGAGGUAGAUUUUGCAAAUAAAUAUAUUGGAGGUGGUGCUCUAAGUCGUGGCUGUGUACAAGAAGAGAUCCGCUUCAUGAUCAAUCCAGAAUUGAUCGUCAGCAUACUUUUCUUACCUUCAAUGGCAGAUAAUGAAGCUAUUGAGAUCGUUGGUGCACAAAGAUUCUCAAAUUACAGCGGCUAUGCUAAAUCGUUCCGUUUUUGUGGUCACCACGAAGAUAAUAGCAGCGUUGAUACCAUGGGAAGGCGCAAGACGAGGAUAAUUGCAAUUGAUGCUCUCUGCAGUCCUGGAAAAAGGCAGUACAAACUUGACUGUCUCCUACGUGAAACAAAUAAAGCAUUUUGUGGCUUUCUCGAUCAACGGAAACACCAGCUGCAUCAAAACCUAUUUGAUGAAUCCAAAAAUGGCAUUUCCACUAGAGAAGAUCCAUCAGCUUCUUCUCAAGAAGACGAAGAAAGCAGGCAGCAUCAUCUGGAAACACAGAACAUCAAGAGCCAGUCAGAUCAGUGCCCGAAUCACGAAGAAAGAAUUGGCGUCGCAACAGGAAAUUGGGGCUGUGGUGCUUUUGGAGGAGACCCCGAAAUAAAAGCUGUCAUCCAAUGGCUGGCAGUGUCUCAAGCUCUUAGACCGUUCAUCUGGUACUACACAUUCAAUUUAGAGCCGUUGCAGAAGCUUGAGCACGUAGUCCAAUGGAUUCUUGCCCACGAAUGGAGUGUCGGCGAGCUAUGGAGCAUUUUGGUCGAGUACUCGGCUCAGAGAGUGAGUGGAAAAACCAGAGUUGGCUUUUUCAAAUGGCUUCUUCCAUCAUUACACGCUGACGAUCCAAUGGUUCCGGAUGAACUUGGUACCAUGUGAAAAUAAUUAUGUACCUUUGUAUCUAUUAAACUUUUAAAGAGCUGCAGAAUGUAGUCUAGCAGAUUUUAUAAUCUUUGAACAUAUGAAUUCAGAGUCUAUGCAAUAGUAGGUACUCCUAUUUGAUUCUAUAUCAAAUGAUAUGUGUGAUGUGGUUAACAUUUUUUCC